GUGAGAGCAACCUGGACAGAAUUAAACUGUUUCUGUGAAAUAAAAAUGUGACAAGUUUUUAUAAUUCUCUACAAAAGUAAAAGCAGAAGAAAUGUAUCAAAAAAUAAAGUUGUAUGAAAUUUAUAGAUUCAUAGAAAUAAAAAUCUAUCAACAGUAACACAAUGAUAAACACAUGUCCAUCUACAUCUGGGAACUGAAAAAUGUGCUUUGUUCUCGUCUUAUUUCACUUUUUAUGAUGUGGUUUAGUUGAUAAAACCUUUCUGCUUUAAAAAAAUAGUGACAUAAAUAGACAGAAUCCAUUUAGCUAAUUUGUUUUUAUGUUUUAUUAAAUUGCAUAUCUUUGCAAAUUUGCCAAAGUAUGGUUUAGGCCAGGGGUGGGAAAACAGAUACAGCCCAGCUAGCUAAUCAAUCUGGUCCACCAAACUAGAAUAAAUUCAACUGAUGACUCUUUUUAAUGUUUUACUUUCUGGUGUCUUCCCAUAGAUGGUGCACUAGAAAUAAACUUUUGUCUAUAGGUGCAGAAAGGUACUCUAUAUUCAGGUACUGAUGUUAUUUUUCCGACGUUCAUGUGUAUUUUCCGAGUCGGACAGUCACUUUUCCGAUCAUUCCAACACCACAGGAACGCAGCGUUUCUCUAAUUUUGCAUUUUUUCCCGAAGGACAUCAACCCAUCUGUGCAAUUGGCUGUAAACCUUUGAAAUAAAAACGUAAAAAUAUUCUGUUUAACAAUAUGUGCAUUUAUUUUAAAUCAAAAUAAAAGCAUGUUUUUUGUCUAUAUAACAUGUUAUUUAUUUCUAUUAAGAGGUGGAAUUGCUAAAACAUUGCACAAAUUUGCUCCUGGUCUGGCCCUUGUGUCAAAUUUUAAAACUCUUUGUGGCCCAAGAGUCAAAAACCUGCCCAACCCUGAUUUAGGGUUUCCUGAGUUUUAAUUUCUCCAUUUGAGAUUAUAUAAACUUCACUCACUUGCUAAAACAUGUAUUUAGCUUCACUAAAGAAAAAUGAUAAAUCAGUCAAAGAAUGCUAAUGAAAACAAGAUGAGAGUUGAUUAAAAAACUGGAAAAUGUCAAUUUGCAGCGAUUAAGUAUUCAGAAUGAAAAUUAUUAAAGAGGUUCUGGUAGUCAUGAGGUCCGUUCUGAGUUUAAACCAAAAAAAUGAUCUGUUUUAAUCAAAGACGAAUACAAAAAGAAAAAAAAAAGAUGGAGUUUGGUGUCCAGGCAAGAAAAACAAAAUGUAAAAAGAAUGUGAACAAAUUGUAAUUUGAUAAAGUAAAAAAAGGCUUAUUUGUUUCUGAAAAAGAGAGCCCACGUACAUUUAACUUUUGAAAGUCUUAAAAUAAACAAAUUCCACUUUCAAACGGCUUUUCAGUAAAGAGAGAACAUAAAAGGAGCAUUCACACAACCAACGGAGAGUAAAAAGUUCUUUCUGGUUAACCAAAUUUCAAGUGUAGUCGCUGCAAAAAUAAGAAAGAGAGAAAGAAAUUGAUAAAAAAAAAAAGAUUUCCACAUCAAGUGGAUUAUAACUUAACUGUGUCCAUCACCCAUAGUGAAAUAAGCAGUAGAGAUGAUCUAGAAGUCCAACAUCAACCUUGGACUGACUUCCUCUUGUGGGGAACGGCUGAAAAAAAGUCAGAUUUAGCAGGUUAGAUUUCCUGUCGCACGUUUUAUUUAUCAAAGUGUGGAUAAGGAACCAUAAAAACCAAGACUGGAACCGGUCCAGUUUGGAAUAUCAUGGAAACUUGAUUAAAAAGAUCGUGACGGGUCAAAACGAGGCAGAUCUUCUGUGACAAUGAGUCUGAAAUGAGAUGUUACUGCAACAAAUACUGAUCUAGGAACUUCAGUAAGUAUAAAUGCAAAUAUUUUGUCAUUUUAAUAUGACAAUGAAAUGUGUACAAUAUAAAAAUGAGAAUGUUUUUUGCAAAUAAAAAUAAAUUAGUGAGAAGAUUUUUAAGUGAAAGACAACAAAAAUGUAGGAAAAAAUGAAUAUAAAAGAUAAAAAGUAAUAAUUUUAAAUACGUUUUUCAAAAAGUACAGCUUAGGUUUAAUAUCAAGAUAAUCUGGUUUAAUAUUUUUUCUCCAAAUGGAAAAUCUGAGGUUUGUAAAUGAAGACACGCCCCUAACAACCUGGACGUUUUUUUUCUCCAUCCAUCCUUUAAAUCCUCGCCUCCGUCAGCGACUCCCGUCUUCCAUGUCCAGACGACCUCACGGCCAAAUGCAGAACUCCACUGGUGUCGUUCUCUUUUCUCUGUCAGGCAUCAGUGGAACAGCUGCCUACCGACUAACACUCUUCUGUCUCAGCUUUCUUUGCUACAGUCUGAUAUGGAUGGUGAAUGUGUUUCUCAUUCUGGUCAUAAUAUUCGACCAAAGCCUCCAUGAACCCAUGUACAUCAUUCUGUGUAACCUGUGCAUUAAUGGACUCUAUGGCACUGCAGGCUUUUACCCCAAGUUUCUCUCCGAUUUGUUGUUUGACAGACAUGUUGUUUCCUAUACAGGAUGCUUUCUGCAGAUCUAUGUUAUAUACUCCUAUGCAAAGGUUGACUUCUCUAUUAUAGCGCUGAUGGCUUAUGACAGAUACGUGGCCAUCUGCAGACCCCUGGAGUACCACUCUGUCAUGUCGUUGCAGAGGACUGCAGGGUUGGUGAUGCUGUCCUGGCUCGUUCCUCUGAGCAUUGAGAUGACUGUCGUAAGUCUAACAUCGACACUGAAACUGUGCGGCUCCCACAUUGACAAGCUUUACUGCGAGAACUGGUCGGUAGUCAAGCUCGCUUGUGGUUCCACUACAGCAAAUGACAUAACAGGACUGAUCUUUGUCACUUUUUACAUCUGCCAUGUGCUCUGGAUCGCGUUUUCGUACGUGCAGAUCAUCAGGUCAGCUCUAAAGUCCAGAGAGGGGAAGGGGAGGUUUGUGCAGACUUGUGUGCCUCACUUUUUGUGUGUGAUCAACGUCACAGCCUCUCUGCUGUUUGACAUCAUGUACUCCAGGUACGGAUCCGCAUCUCUGCCGCAGGCUCUAAAGAACUUCAUGGCCAUUCAGUUUCUCCUCGCUCCACCUGUUCUGAACCCCGUGGUUUAUGGGCUAAUGCUGACGAAAAUUCGGAGGAGAAUGAUACGAGUCUUAUAUGUGGUGUGUGACAAACUCAAAUUAAAAAGUAAUCAGUGAACAUGAUUGAAAAUGUGCUUUUUUAAGCUUUAUAUGGUCCAUUCUGAAUUCUGUUGUUUCAAAUAAUGGGGGGGGAAUAUUCACAUCAUAUGAAAAGAACAUUUAUAAAACAAAAUCUAUCACACAAGGGGAUGUAUUUUUAUGUAUUAUAGAAAUGUUGAAAAGGGCAAUCAUGUAAUCAUUAAAAUAAAUCAUUUUUCCACUUAAAGGAAGAGUCU